AUGCAUAUUAACCUUGAUGAGAUUUUCAAGGGUCUUGUUUCUUCCGAUGUAAAGAAAAUUUCGACAUCAAAUCUGCAACAGAUUUACGACAAAAUUAUUGAGGGAAAAAAACACAUCACCUUAUUUAAAAUCGUCAUCUCAAUUGCGAAAGAAGUCUAUGGACUAGACGAAUCAACUAUACGUCAAACAAUAGAUGCCGAUCUAUUUCAAAAGCUUAAUAAAUUCGAUGUGUCCGUUCAAACGAACCAUUCACAUAAAGGAACGGCAGCACAAUAUUUUAAUGGUGAAAGAUCUACCCUGAAAGAUGGCAUAGCUGAAAGGGAAAAAAAGAUCGAUCACUCUUGUGGUAAGGUCUACCCAAGCAAUGAUCUGGUUAGAAAUAUAAUUGAUAUUAAACAGAAAGACCAAUUCGAAACUCGGAAGGGUGAUCACUCAGCAGCUUUGCCAGAACAAGAGAUUCGGUACUCCAAGACUGUCGAAGAAAAUCAAUUUUCCAUAGAGCUGCCUCCUCGAAAACAAAGUGACGCAACUUUGUCGGACCAUUCAUCAGAUAUGUCCAUGUCAGAUACUGAUGAUAAUUCUACGUUAAUUAAUCAGCCUAAAAACUUUCCGUCUUCGUUACCUAAUAAUGAAAGAAGUGCUGACAAUGAGCAACGACAUAUUGCAUCAGAUUCUAGACAGAAAGAUGUAAAAAUGGGUGCAAAUCAACCUCAUCCUCUUCAGGAAUCUAAAGGUGACGAAUAUGAAAUUAAAACGGAAAGCCAGGACAUCCAAUUUAGAUCAGAUCAUGUUGGAAGCUGCAAUAGUCCAAUAGUUGUUGAUAGCGAAAGUGACAAUGAUGCCAUUGUGAUAGAUUGA